AUGUAUCGAAACUUUGGAAACCAAGGGAGAGGAGAACCAGCCUACAGUGGAGGCAGCUCUGUAUCACUGGGGAGCACAUCGACACCACAGCAGCAGCAGAAAUUCACAAUGGCUGGCAGCAGUCAGUUUGUUCCCAGCUUGAAUGCAAUUACAACCAACGAGAGUCUACAGUGGAUGGUCCAGCCAUCCUUGAUGCAUUCAGCUGGUCCUUCACGCUCUCCAGUGCCUCCGUACCCAUCCCUGCCUGGGGUGCGGCCUCUGGGGCCUGUCCCACAGUCCCAAGACCCCCACAGGCCAGGGGUCAUAAGAGCAGCAGCAAUCACCACUCAAUCCACCAGGCGUAGGAAUGAUGAACACGUAAGUCUAUUCUUAUCGCAUGAAGAAAAUGAGAGACGAAGAAUUAGAAGAGAAAGAAACAAGUUGGCUGCUGCAAAAUGUCGCAAUCGCCGAAGAGAACUGACUGAUUCCUUGCAAAAUGAGACGGAUCAGCUUGAGGAUGAAAAAUCCCGUUUACAAAAGGAAAUAGCUGACUUACAGAAAGAGAAAGAUAAGCUUGAGCUAGUUCUAGAAGCUCACCGUCCAAUCUGUAAAAUAGGGGAAUCAGAUUCAGACUCUGAGCCGCAUCCAUCACUGUCGAGUUUGGAGAGCAUCAAAGUGGAGCCAGAUGACCUCAGAACACCUCGGCCCUUGUCAAAGCUAGCAGUCAAGACAGAGAAGGCCAAACCUAAGAUAACCAUUCCUCCCAAACCAAUGGCCUCUACAGUGGCCUCUGAGUCAGAGUCUCUCCACACCCCAGUGCUGACAUCCACUCCUUCUCUCACUCCCAUCACGUACGGCAUGGUUUUCACUUAUCCCUCGAGUGCAUUGGAUACUGGUGCAGGCUCCAGCUCCGCUCACGGUACAUCGCAUCAUGGGUACAUCCACCAAACUCCAUCCGCUCAGUCCUGUGGGGUCGCCCAUCGCCGCAGCAGCAGCAGUGGUGGUGACCAGUCAGACCAGUCGCUGCACUCGCCCACUAUUCUCACGCUGUGA